AUGCACGGCAACGACAACUGGAUCAACAGCUACCUCGACGCCAUCCUCGAUGCCGGCAAGGGCGCCGCGGCCGCGGGCGCCGGCGCCGGCGCAGGCGCCAGGGGCCGGGGCGGAGGCGGGGACCGGCCCUCGCUGCUGCUCCGCGAGCGCGGCCACUUCUCCCCCGCGCGCUACUUCGUCGAGGAGGUCAUCACCGGCUACGACGAGACCGACCUCUACAAGACCUGGCUCCGGGCGAACGCGAUGCGGAGCCCGCAGGAGAAGAACACGCGGCUGGAGAACAUGACCUGGAGGAUCUGGAACGUCGCCAGGAAGAAGAAGGAGUUUGAGAAAGAGGAAGCCAACCGCUUGUCCAAACGCCGUCUAGAGACUGAGAAGCCACGGAAUGAUGCUACUGCAGAAAUGUCUGAAGAUCUUUUUGAAGGAGUGAAGGGAGAAGAUGCUGGUGAUCCAUCUGUUGCCUACGGUGACAGCACAACUGGGAACACACCUAGGAUCAGUUCAUUUGACAAGCUAUACAUAGUGUUAAUCAGUCUUCAUGGCCUGAUACGUGGAGAGAAUAUGGAGCUUGGCCGUGAUUCAGAUACUGGUGGCCAGGUCAAAUAUGUCGUGGAACUUGCUAAAGCAUUAAGUUCAUGUCCUGGAGUUUACCGGGUUGAUCUAUUGACAAGACAAAUCUUAGCCCCAAAUUUCGAUCGUGGCUAUGGUGAACCAGAUGAGAUGCUGGCUUCGACAAGUUUCAAGAACUUUAAAUGCGAACGAGGAGAGAACAGUGGUGCACAUAUCAUCAGAAUACCAUUUGGCCCCAAAGACAAGCAUCUAGCUAAAGAAAAUAUCUGGCCUUUCAUUCAAGAAUUUGUUGAUGGUGCGCUAGGUCAUAUUGUGCGCAUGUCAAAAACUAUAGGCGAAGAAACUGGCAGUGUGUGUCCAGUGUGGCCUGCUGUGAUUCAUGGCCAUUAUGCCAGUGCAGGAGUUGCUGCUGCUCUACUAUCUGGAGCACUUAAUGUUCCCAUGGUGUUUACCGGGCAUUUUCUUGGGAAAGAUAAGCUGGAAGGGCUUCUCAAGCAAGGGAGACAGACAAGAGAACAAAUAAACGUGACAUACAAAAUAAUGCGCCGAAUUGAGGCAGAGGAGUUGUCUCUUGAUGCAUCUGAAAUAGUUAUUGCAAGCACGAGGCAAGAAAUAGAAGAACAAUGGAACUUGUAUGAUGGUUUUGAAGUAAUGCUUGCGAGGAAGCUCCGUGCGUUAGUCAAGCGUGGUGCCAACUGUUAUGGUCGUUAUAUGCCUCGUAUGGUUAUAAUUCCUCCAGGAGUUGAAUUUGGCCAAUUGAUUCAUGAUUUUGAUAUCUAUGGAGCGAAGAUAACCCAUCUCCAGCCUCUGAGGAUCCAUCUAUUUGGUUUGAGGAAACCUAUGAUUCUGGCUAUUGCCCGUCCAUAUGCUGAAAAGAAUAUUGCAACGCUUGUGAAGGCAUUUGGUGAAUGCCACCCGUUGAGGGAACUUGCUAACCUUACAUUGAUAAUGGGCAACCGUGAGGCUAUUUCCAAAAUGAACAAAAUCAGUGCAGCUGUUUUGACAUCGGUGCUUACAUUGAUUGAUGAAUAUGAUUUAUAUGGUCAAGUGGCAUACCCAAAGCAUCACAAGCACUCUGAAGUUCCUGAUAUUUAUCGUUUAGCAGCAAGAACAAAGGGCGCUUUUGUAAAUGUUGCUUACUUUGAACAAUUUGGUGUCACCUUGAUAGAGGCUGCCAUGCACGGGUUGCCUGUUAUUGCAACAAAACAUGGGGCUCCUGUUGAAAUUCAUCAGUCUAGUGAUGUGCCAAGCAAUUCCCGUGUUAAAUUUGCAUUGGACCAUAACUACCGAUCACAUAUCGAGUAUCGUUGGGGAGGAGAAGGUUUAAGGAAGUACUUAGUUAAGUGGGCUUUUGCAGUAGUAGAAAGAAGGGGGAGAACUGAAAAGCAAAUCAUCUUUGAAGAUUCAGAACACUCUUCAACAUAUUGUCUUGCAUUUAGAGUGGUUAAUCCAAAUCAUUUGCCUCCUUUGAAGGAGCUGCAAAAGUUGAUGAGAAUCCAGUCACUGCGUUGUCAUGCUCUGUAUAACCAUGGCGCCACCAGGCUAUCUGUAAUUCCAAUUCAUGCAUCGCGAUCUCAGGCUCUAAGGUAUUUGUCUAUUUGCUGGGGCAUAGAGUUGCCAGAUGCUGUGGUCAUUGUUGGUGAAACUGGUGAUUCUGAUUACGAGGAACUGUUUGGAGGUCUUCACAAGACAGUCAUCCUUAAGGGUGGAUUCAACACUCCUGCGAAUAGGAUCCAUACGGUCAGAAGGUACCCUUUACAGGAUGUUGUUGCUCUUGAUAGCUCAAAUAUCAUUGCAAUUGAGGGAUUCAGCACUGGUGACAUCAGGUCUGCUAUGCAACAACAGCUUGGUAUACCCACACAAUGA